CAUUUGGUGUGAACUGCGGAUUUAAAAGAAGAAGCAGCCAUUCUACCGAUCACUGUUUGCAUUUGUUUACUAAUCUACUAGCUCAAUAUGUCUAUCAAAUUAAAUGCUCUUUUCAGCGACUCGUAUAUAGAUAUAAGUCAAUAUAGAGACCAGCAUUUCAAGGGAAAUCGGUAUGAGCAAGAAAAGCUGCUAAAACAAAGCUGUACACUUUAUGUUGGAAACCUUUCAUUCUACACAACAGAGGAACAAGUAUACGAGCUGUUCUCCAAAUGUGGCGAUGUCAAAAGAAUCAUCAUUGGCCUCGACAAGGUCAAGAAGACGGCGUGUGGCUUUUGUUUCGUGGAGUACUAUACACGAGCAGACGCAGAACACGCAAUGAGAUUUGUUAAUGGAACAAGACUAGACGAUAGGAUUAUUAGAACAGAUUGGGAUGCUGGCUUCAAGGAGGGACGACAGUACGGCCGUGGCAAAUCUGGUGGUCAGGUCCGAGAUGAAUACAGACAAGAUUAUGAUCCCGCACGAGGUGGAUAUGGAAAAUUGGCACAGCUACAAAGGACACCAGAAGCACCGCACAAAUUUUAGCGAUGGGAUUCUUUACAGGGACAUACUGAGCAGUUUUUGUUUUUUUUUUUAAUUAAUGACAAUGAACAUUUAUGUAAUUCCUUUUGAGUUACACUGUGUACGGAAGUUGCCCUGCAGUUUGGAGAGUCUGGUCAAAGGUUUCAUCUAUUGAGCUUGUUUAAUUUUACCAAUAAACAUCAAGGUGUUUUACAUGA